UAGGCGGGGCGGGGUACGGGUGGCGUAAGAUGGCGGCGGGGGGCGCGGCGGAUGCCCAGGCGCGCUUUGGGCACUCGGUGAAGGGGCUCCUGACCGAGAAGGUGACGAGCUGCGGCACCGACGUGAUCGCUCUCACUAAGCAGGUGCUGAAGGGCUCCCGUAGCGCCGAGCUCCUGGGUCAAGCUGCGAGAAACAUGGUGAUGCAAGAGGAUGCCAUCUUGCACUCGGAAGAUAGUUUAAGAAAAAUGGCCAUAAUAACUACUCAUCUACAGUACCAGCAAGAAGCAAUUCAAAAGAACGUGGAGCGCUCAUCAAACCUUCAGGACCAGCUGAGUCACUUGCUGAAAUGAAGGGAAGCCGAAGGCAUGAGGAAAUCUCGACCAGCACUGAGGGAGUGAAGCAUCCUCUCCCCUCCAGCCCCUGGGGCUCAGAACUGUGUCUGGAUGAUGCUGGAUGUCAGCUGGGAUAAGUGCAGGCUCUGUGUUUCUGGGCACGUGGCCCCCUUUUGUGUGCCUGCACCCACACCUCUACCCCAGAAUACUCACCUGUGCACCCGCACCUAGCUGAAACAAAUUUCUCUGAAACUUCGCUCCUCCCAAAAAUUCCUGUGUCUGCUUACUUCCCAUGUAGCAUGAGGUGCUCAGCCUGCACCAGCACCCUUGAGUUCAACCAGAGUUGAAGCAUGGUGUUUAAAUGUAGGUGCCUGCAGUUUUCCACUUGUCUGUAUUUAGCCACAGAGGUGGCACAGAGUGCAGUUUAUUAAGGGCAUUUUAAUCAGUGUGAGCUGCAAGUGCCUGGGUGGGUGAGAGAUGCUUCAGUGUAGGCUGAGGUGCCAGUCCCAGCACAGACUUUCUGAAACCAGGAAUCUAAGCACUCACAUCUGCCAGUGGCCUAGCUGGAUGUGGUUUGGCCAUCAUCCUCCUCAGAGGUUAUCUUAUUUUCCCCUCUGCCAGAGUUUGGAACAUCAUCCCUUUGCCAGCCCAUAUGUGCUGCUUUCGGCCUUCAGCUGCAUUCCUUUUCCUGGGCUGCUGCUCCAGCUUUUGAUGAAGCAGCCUUGGCUGUAGCGUGUGUUUGUGUGUGGUUGGGAAGGUAUCCAAAGGCCCGUCUGGGAAGCAGGCAGGAGACCAUCAUGAGCUGGUGUGCUCAGUUCGACACUUCUCUGUUGCUGACUAGUGACCUGUUCACAUUCAGGACCAACUAUAAAUACUGUGUCUUGUUUUUGGUAAGUUGCUUAUCUGGAGCACUUGGAGUGCACGGGAAGCACUUGUUUCCCUGAGUGUGCUUUUCACCUGCUGAUAGGAGCAGGCAGGCUGAGAGCUGACACUGGCCUGCCACAUUCCUGUUGUAAUGCUGCUGGAGUCUGGCUCCUGUGCUGCAGAGCCUUCUCGGGCUAGGUCUCUUCAUCCCUGCCAGUAUUUUUGCCUUGGGUAAGAUUCUGACCCCAGCUUUGCAGGUGCACUUUGGGAAUAAGAGUUUUCCCUGCGAGUUUCUUGCUGGGAAUAAAAGCUGUCCUGAACUCCA